AUGAGGAAAGUGUUGAGCACCCAGCCAACAGUAAAGAAAGGGAAGUGGGAAGCAAAAAACGCCAUCACUUUCUCUAACAAAGACUUAGCGAGGUUGCAAAACCCUCACAACGGCGCGCUAGUGGUUGCUCUGCUCGUCAAGAACUUUGACAUCAAGUGGAUCUUGAUAGACCAGGGGAGCUCAUGUGAGAUAAUGUACUAUGAGGCCUUCAAGCAGCUGAAAGUGGAGGACAAAGACUUGGCAUCUGCGACAUCUCCUUUGGUCGGCUUCAACUCAUUGCCAGAAUGGCCGGUUGGCAAGAUAAUUUUGCCGGUCAAAGUUGGCUCGAUGACAAAGCUGGUGGAGUUCUGGGUAUUGAAAGUCCCCUCCAUUUACAACAUCAUUCUAGGGGGAGCAUGGUUCCAUGCCAUGCGAGCCGUAGCUUCAACCUACCAUCAGGUGAUGCGAUUUCCUAACGAAGCAAGAGUAAUUGAGGAGGUCAUGGGAGACCAAAUCAUGUUCAAGCAAUGCUUCGUGACAGUGAACGGCAGCCGAACUGGCAAAGGAUUCAUGCAAAUGAUAGAUGAGCUGGAGAGUAACGAGAUGUUCACCCACGUCUGCAAGGCAGCCGAACAAAAAGCAGUGGAAGUAAGAAUCAAAGAGAACAACCUAGAGAAGUUUUUCUUGCUUGGCUCAUCUUUGUCCAACAUUAAGAGAAGGGAGAUCAUGGAAUUUUUUAUCUCUAACAUCGAAGUGUUUGCCUGGACGCCGUACGCUAUGCCUGGAAUUGACCUAAACUUCUUCUGCCAUCAACUUAACAUUAAUCCUACCGCUUCACCAAUUAUACAGUGA